AAAAAAUUCCAUAUUAUAGCGUGAUGAUAAUCCAGUCAAUGUUAUUUAUCAAUUCAUUUAUCAUUUGGCCACAGUCACAAGCGAACGGAAAUGAAACUCGUAAUCCUGCUGUGUUUGUGCGGCCUCAUCUCAACCCAAGCUGGAGUUGUUAAAGAAGGAAAUGAGUGUACCGGGGUGACGAUAAAUGGUGUUUACUACGAUGCUGAGACACUUAGAGAAGGAUUGGACCGACCCUACCUUUUGGCAGUCGACUACAGCACUAACAAUCUGUAUUUCAGCUACAACGUCAAAGAAAAUGAAGACUUCUUCAAGUCUGCAAGAUUGAACCUUAACACUAAGGAAUUCCACAAUAUCGAGGAUAUUAGCAAUGGUUUCGCCCAAACCGUCGACCAAGUAACACACGAUGUUUACAUAGGUGGCAGUGAUGGCAUAUACAAAUACAAUUUUGGCGAAAACAAAGCUGAACUUAUAGGAGAGAAAGGCUCAAACAUUUGGUCACUAUACUUCAAAGAUGUUUUGUACUACUCUGUGUUCCCGGCACAAUUCUUGUACAUUCUAGAAGACGGACAGGGAAGACGAUUCGUUGAUUUGGAAGACACUAAAGUGGAUCAGUUCGUUAUUGAUAAUCAAGAUGACAUUUUCUUUUCUAAUGCUACUGGACUGUUCUCACAAAAGAAAGGAACUAAAGACGCAGUGUUAUACCUAGAAUCACCAGUGUUGAGGAGUUUAACAACUGAUAAAAAUGGUAAUGCUUACGCAUGUCUUCAAGAUGGUAUCUACACCAUUAAGAAAUCUAGUACUUCUUUAGAAAAAGUUCUUGAAGUGGACGAUGCGUUCGGUUUAGCGUUCGAUGUCGAUAACAACAUUGUGUACUCCGAUGCUACUAGACUCGUAAGACUAAAAGUUAACAAACAUAAAAAAUGUUAAUUUCAAGGUGUCUUUGCACUACAUUUUGUACAUAAUACCACCUACUAAAAUAAAUGAACUUUAUUUACA